AUGGAGUCCCUCCCUACCGAAUCAAUCGAGCUUGUUGCGAUGCAAUGCGUCCUGCGCCAGGCAGAGCUGCCCCAGCUUGCUAUGUCUUGGUGCGAUGAUCUCGCGGCACUUGCGCGGAGAAGUCGGCGAUUACACGCCAUCACGACCCCAGUCCUCUAUCGAGCCAUCAGAGACUUAUGCGGUUCGAACGUCGUCCUGUGGGCAGUAAGAGCUGGCCAGACGGCAACGUUGGAACUGGCCUAUAAGUUCGGAUUGGAUCUGGUCAAUCCCAAACAGCUCUAUCUACCCCUACCGUACAACAGUUUUCGCAGCCCCUCGCCAAUCCUGUUGGCCAUAGAAAUCGGUCAGGAGAACGUCACGGUUUGGCUUCUCGAUCACGGCAUUGGUGUUGAUGCGUUGGCGGAGCAUCACAUCUCAUUUUGGAGUGUCCUACACGGUCCUCGGUCGUUGCUAGCCCACGCCUUGCUUCAUGGGCAGGAAGCAAUAGCCUUACUGUUAAUAGCGCGUGGUGCAGAUCUCAAGCUACGCCUACCGAGAAACGUGCUUGGUCACUUAAGCCGCUCACAUGCGCUGCACGAAGCAGCAGCGUCUGGUUGCUACUCCGUUGUCGCUCACCUGGUCAAUGUGCUGCAACUCGAUGUCAAUCUCAGCGACAGCGCAGGACGAACCCCUCUGCAUCUUGCGGCGGAAGCUAUGCCCAGUAAUACUGCGAUCAUCGCGCAACUUCUCACGAUGGGGGCAAAUAUCGAUGCCCCAGCGUUUAGCGGUCAGACUCCUCUUCUCUCAGCACUUUCUGAGGACCAAUACACCAACGCUCUACACCUCAUCCGCGCUGGUGCCUGUGUCGCGCCCGCGUCCCAGCCUGCCUUAGCUCUCACCCUUCAUGUCUGCCUGAGAUCUUAUUUCCGCCGUGGCGACUGUGACAGAGAAACGCGGGACAAGGUGUUAAUUGAACUCAUCAAGCGAGGCGCGUCUCCCAACGCAAGUAGCUACGGUGACAAUACUCCCCUAGGAAUGGCCUACCGUCAUGAAAAUGUACAUCUCGUCGAGAUAUUGCUGGAGGCGGGUGCGGAUCUUAACCUAGUUGACGACGCCGGUCUUUCAAUCAUAAACCUGGACCUAGUCUAUCAAAAAAGACUACCGGUUUCCAUUUCGGGCAAUGAUGACAAGUUCGGCAUGGCCAGGGUCCUCGUAAAGUACGGGCAACGCCUGGAUGACAAAGGUCACUCUGUCUUGUCCCUCCUCCAGACCACGAUCUCGCGUUGUGAACACCGGAAUCAAGAAAUACUACUGCUCAGGUCACUCAUGGAGCUGGCGACGGACCAAAACCUGGACAAUGGACACCUCAUAGAAGCUAUCGAGGGCACUAUGACCUUCCACACAUCACAUGCCUGCCGCGUACCUAUUGACUACCUCAAGAAGACCAGCCGCCGCGAUCACCGAUUCCCACACUUGCCUAUCUGGCUCACGCCGCAUUCGUUCGCAGGGUUUCCGGGAGCCCGGAGACCAUCGGAAGCAAAGGGUCAAGCAUCUGCUCUAGCAGACUUCGCCUUUCUACUUGAUUCCGUAGCGCCACCGGACACGUUCCUGACGUGGUACAACACCGCCCUCGGGAGCCUCAGACCGCAUCUGGCGCGCCUGGUGCUGGACCGCGUUGAUUUCGCCAACGGCGCCCGCAGGCGGGAGCAACCCCUGUGGCUUACCGCGACGCUCCAGUUCGGCGGAGCCGACGACUUCCUGCAACUAAUCACGCGACCGGACCUGGCGAAGUGUGUGUAUCGCUCGAGGGAUGCGCUCUUGGCGCUAGCCGUCCGCUACAGAAAACGCAGGAUCGCGGCGCCGUUGAUGGCCUGCGGUGCUAGUCCCCUGCUUGUAAACCGAGAACAGCAGUGCGGCUUCGACCAUCCGCGGUCGGCUUUCCACGAGGCGCUCCGGGCUGGCGACCUGGCGAUUCUGGGGGACAUCUUGGAUACGCUGUCGCCGACUGUGCUGCUGGCGCUGCGUGCGUAUGCGUACAUCCCACGUGUGCUAGCAAAUGCGCAGGCGGCGAAGGACUUGAUUGAAGAGAGGGAGUUCCACUUGAUUUUGCAAGCGGAUCAACGAAACCCCAGUUCCAAGGGCAAGCGAGUAUGGCUUGACUAA